GCUACUGUGUUGAGUUUCAUUUCUUUCCAAAUUCCUACCUAUCUCAUGGAGUUCCCUCUUCCAUAUCUCAGUUCUUCUCCAUCCACCAUACUUGGCUUUUUAUUGUUUAUUCUCUCUUUAUUGCUAUGGAUAACAAAAAUUUCCAACAAUAACGCAGCCAGAAAGAGGGGAGCACCGGAAGCAGCCGGUGCAUGGCCAUUAGUUGGUCACCUUCCCCUCUUAGGCGGCUCACUUCCGCCGCAUAUAACCUUGGGUAACAUGGCUGACAAGUAUGGACCGCUCUUCACAAUCAAACUCGGCGUGCACCGAUCUCUUAUUGUGAGCAGUUGGGACAUGGCCAAAGAGUGUCUAACCACCAACGACAGAGUCUUUGCUAAUCGCCCGAAGCUAUUAGUCUCAGAGGUUAUGGGAUACAACUAUGCCAUGUUUGGGUUCAGUACCUAUGGUCCUUACUGGCGCCAGAUGCGCAAGGUAGCCACCCUGGAGCUCCUCUCGAACCACCGCUUGGAGAACCUCAGGCACGUUCGUGAAUCCGAGGUGAAGGCUUGUACCAAGAACAUUUACGAUUUGUGGAAGCAAAACAAAAGCUCAGAUCAUGUGUUGGUGGACAUGAAGAGGUGGUUCGGAGACGUAACGAUGAACACCAUGUUUAGGAUGGUUGUAGGGAAGCGGUUCCUACUUGAGGCUAGCUCGGAGCGUGAGAAGGAGGAGAACGAAAGGUGUCGAAAGGCGUUGAGGGAGUUUUUCAGAUUGGCCGGUGAGUUUGUGAUGGCGGAUGCAGUGCCUUUUCUUAGGUGGUUAGAUUUGGGCGGACACGAGAAGGCAAUGAAGAAGACGGCAAAGGAACUAGAUCAUGUUCUGGAACGAUGGUUGGAAGAGCAUAAGCUAAAACGUAGUACUAAUUCUACUUUUACUUCGCAUGAGCCUGACGAUUUCAUGGAUAUGAUGCUUUCUGUUCUUGAUGAUAGUAUACUGGAGUUUCGUGGGUACACUACUGCUGACACCAUCAACAAAGCUACUUGCCUGGCUCUUAUAUUAGGAGGAACAGACACCACAACAGUAACAUUAACAUGGGCUCUUUCAUUACUAGUGAACAACCCUUCAAUCUUAAAGAAAGCUCAAAAUGAAUUAGACACAAAAGUUGGCCGGAAUAGACAAGUGAAUGAAUCGGACGUGAAGAACCUCGUCUAUCUCCAAGCCAUUAUCAAAGAAACCUUGCGCUUAUACCCUGCUGUACCACUCCUCGCACCCCAUGAAUCCACAGAAGACUGCACCGUAGGUAACUACCAUGUACCCGCCAAAACACGUCUAAUCGUCAAUAUUUGGAAGCUUCACCGGGAUCCAAAUGUCUGGCUAGAUCCCUGCAUUUUCCAGCCUGAAAGGUUCCUUACAAGCCAUGAGGAUUUUGAUGUUAGGGGCCAAAAUUUUGAGCUCAUACCGUUUGGAAGUGGUAGAAGAAUAUGUCCAGGAAUUUCUUUGGCACUUCAAGUUAUAGAACUCACUCUAGCUCAUCUGUUGCAUGGGUUUGAAAUUACAGCCCCAUCAGAUGAACCAGUCGAUAUGAGUGAGACUGUUGGGUUAACAAACAUGAAGGCCACACCAUUAGAGGUCCUUCUCAUACCACGCCUUCCUGUUGACAUCUAUGAAUACGUCUCAUUAUAAAUUAAAGAACUAACCUUAUUUUUUUACUUUUUUUUUUAUUGACAACAGAGUAAGAACCUUGGUCUCGAAUAAAUGUGAAAUUUUACUGUACAUUAUUGUUGAGGUUUUGAGUUUAAUUCAUUAGUACUUGUAGUUCAAUAA